CUCCUCUGCCAGGCGGCUGAGACCCCCAAGUCAGAAAAAGCUGGUGCGAAGGAGGAAAAGACGACCAACACCAGGUGUUGGCCUGCACAUGAACGGAAAAGCCCCACAAGGAAUGGCAAGUGCAAUUUGACUGGCUUGUGGAAGAACGAACUGGGGUCCAAGAUGUGCAUACACAAGGUUGACAACGAGGGCAACUUCUCCGGGGAGUACGACACAGCUGUGUCGAGCACCCAGAAACCCAUUGAGGUAUCACCCCUUGUUGGCUCCCAGCACUUGGACGAGGACGGGCAGUGCACCUUCGGCUUCACGGUCAACUGGAAGAAGUUUUCUGACUCCACAGCUGUCUUUGUGGGCCAGUGCUUUGCUGAGGACGGUGGGAAGGAGGAACUGCGAACCUCCUGGCUGCUGCGGGAGAAGGUCGACUCCCUGUCUGACGACUGGAAAGCCACUGAGCCAGGGGCCCCCCGGCCCAGAUGGGCCCGCUGCCCCUGCCCCAGCCGGCCACCAAUGGGUUUCUGCUUCCCCACAGGACAGGCCAAAACAUCUUCACUCGGAUUGAAUGAAGGGAGGAGGGAGAACCCUCCCACUUAA